UCGCCAGUAAACGUUAAACAGUUGGCAAGCCGCUUUAUUUCCCUUGUAAAUGAUAAGAAACAUGCAUGCUGGAUCUUGUUUGCUGUUCACUGGCUACAGUAGUGUGUGGGAGAACCAUAGACAUCUACCACAGUCUGGCACUCGCUGGUCCUCAUGCUGGUCACCGGCCUGGUCACACACUGCUGUGGGAUGGCAUUCUACUCCUCAACCGAGAGUAGCUGCAAGUCAGACAAUGCGUUUAAUUCCAAUUCUGGGUGGAAUAUGAACUCAUUGCUCUACAGGUGGUCCCUGUGUUAUGGCGGCGGCACAUGUACACGUACACAGUUGUAGUGCUCGCACUACAAAUGCUUUUAGAAGGGAAACAAGUUUUCCAGUGCUGUAACGUUUAUUACAAUGGAGAUAACAUCGACCAAAAAAAAAAAAAAGUACUAAAAAGGCCAGGUGGGCAAUUAAGGAAAGAAACAGCUGAAUAAAUAAUGAUUCAAAAAUAAUUAGUAAAUGUAAUAUAUUUAUACUUUAUUACUUUGUCAAAUACCUCCCAGUUCCCUCAUGAUCUCUGUCAAUGGACAGUGCAGUCCUUCCGUGUUUAUCGCGGUUAAUUGAUUCCACACCCGACCGCGAUAAGUGAAUUUCCGAUUCAAAGUUAAUAAACUGAAUAUUUUUGUAGUUGGAGCAUAGAAAACCUGUUUAUGACUUUCGAAGUCUGACUUUUACCAUUAUUAGAGCCCCAUAGACAUGAGCUAACACCCCGUAGGCACCUUGUAGUAUUCUUUGGUUACACCGCAUUGCGCAACACCAAUUCACAGGCUACGGGAUCACUGCAGGGACAUAAGAAACGGCCGUCGCUCAUAGCAUAUAGCAAGCUACUCAGCUAACUAGUUCUAUAUGUCUGUGUGUGUAGUUAUAAUGUUCAAAUACAUAAGUAUUAUUAUUGUUAUAUGAGCAUGUGGCAAGCGUACCAAAUGACACAAACCAUAGGCUAGUGCUAGUACUGUUUAGGUGUUGUAAUGAUAUGUAGUAUUUUACGCUGGUCACUAGGUGUCAGUAAUGUUACAUUGAUGAGACAAACGCCACCACAGGUGAUAAUCCAGCAACAGAUGUGUCAUGUUCUGCUGGAGCUGCUCUGCUGCCGCCUGUCUGCUCUCUUUUGCAGCACUGCUGGUCCUGCCAGGCGGAGCCACCGGCGGACACCUGGGAGCAAUCAUAAUCUGGCCUUCUUAAGCCAUGCUUGGACACGCACUCGUCUUGGCUCAUUCUUUGCUCAAGCAUCGCCUCGUGUUGUGCUGCCUUGCAUGUUGUUAGCUUUCUGGACAGUUACUCUCCUCGGUAUUUUUCUCGAGAGACAUUUACCUGCAUUGGAUUGAGGAUCUGAACUGAAUUUAAGUACACCCACUCUACCCUUGGUUAUUCCACCCUCGCUUUUUACCCCUCCAGGAGUUACUUUUAAGUUUUUUUUUUGUUUUUAAGACCUUGGGCAACCGCUUGCUUCAAUAUGAUGAGAUGGCGCUACCAGCAGGCUCCACAAAUAUUGAAGCUCUCCAGCGCUGUCUUCGUGUGUCCUGGAGCACCAGCACAGGGUGCAAGAUGCUGCGCUAAUCUUCAGCACGGUGUUAGUCGCAUGAGGCGGAUAAGGCACCCCCCUCUCCCACCCCACCCCACCCCACCCAAGCAUCACCCAGCAUCACUGAACCGCAGGACCGCGCCAGAGGGAGAGGUAGCCCCCCAGAGUGUACGCACCUGAAGCGUGGAAGUUAUUCGCUCGAUGAUGGCACACUUUAUCACCGGCCGCCACUUGGCUUUAAAGUUAUAUGUUCGAGUCCGGUGCUCCCACGCUCACACAUCACGGUGAAUGGACCCGCGCGUGCACCAUGACGAGCUGCGACCUUUCCAUUAUGACGAGGAGAUGCCUUCUCACUUUCAGACCAUUCAGAAUCUUUGUGGUAGGGAUCGGCUUCUUCAGCCUGUGCUUUCUAAUGACCUCUCUCGGGGGCCAGUUCUCAGCCAAGCGACCCGCCGAUUCCCCCUUCGCCACGCGAGCCGAAGUAUUUGGUGGCCAGGAAUCGCGCAGUGUGCUAAGGAAGAUCAGUGACAUGCUGGAAGUCAUUAUGAAGAGGAUGGACGCUCUGUCGAGAUUGGGUAACACCACCGAAACUCACAAGCUGGAUGAGCUUGCCUCAGUUCUGGACAGGAUUCAGCCGAUCGGGCUGAUGGAGCGGAUCCAGGCCAUAGCCCAGAACAUGUCAGACAUGGCAGGGAGGGUGGAGCAGAUGCUACAACGCAGCAUUGCAAGCAAAAGAGUUAGAGACGGAACAUUCGGACAGUGUGACAUUCCCAAAGACCCUCGUUACCCAGACUGUCCCGGAAAGAUGGAUUGGAUGCGUGCCCGUUGGACCUCAGACCCGUGCUAUGCUUUUUACGGUGUAGACGGCUCGGACUGCUCCUUCCUCAUCUACCUUAGCGAGGUGGAGUGGUUCUGCCCCCCACUAGCCUGGAGGAACCAAACUGCUACGCCCACCUUGAAGCCUCCACCCAGGAAACAAGCUGUUUUCCGGUUUGACACGGGUGCGCUGCUGGAGCAGGUGGGCACCAGGAAGGAGUCGCUGAACUUCAUGAAGAGACGCAUACGCAGGCUGGCGGCACAGUGGGCUUCUGCCGCGCGACGGCUGGCUGACAAGCUGCGCAGCCACUGGAGGGACGAGAAGCGGAUUCUUGUCCAUGUGGGCUUCCUGACAGAGGAAUCCGGUGAUGUGUUCAGCCCCAAGGUGCUGAAAGGAGGUCCUCUGGGUGAGAUGGUGCAGUGGGCCGACAUCCUCACGGCUCUCUAUGUGCUCGGACAUGACCUCAAGAUCUCUGUUUCUGUCAAGGAGCUGCAUGGGUUUUUGGGUGUCCCUCCUGGAAGAGGAAGCUGCCCCCUGACCGGGCCUCUGCCUUUUGACCUUAUCUACACGGACUACCACGGCCUGCAGCAGAUGAAGCAGCACAUGGGGCUGUCAUUGAAGAAGCACAAGUGCCGCGUCCGUGUGAUCGACACUUUCGGCACUGAGCCAGCGUACAACCACGAGGAGUACGCCACUCUGCACGGCUACAGAACCAACUGGGGCUACUGGAACCUUAACAGCCAACAGUACAUGACCAUGUUCCCUCACACCCCAGACAACUCUUUUAUGGGGUUUGUGGCGGAGGAGCUGAACGACACGGCGAGAAUGAACAUCCAGAGGAACAAAGUCAACAACAUGGCUGUCGUCUACGGCAAAGAAGUUAAUAUGUGGAAGCUUCACGGGAAGGAAACAUUCCUGUCCAUCCUGCAUCGCUACAUGGAGAUCCACGGGACGGUGUACUAUGAAACACAGCGCCCUCCGGAGGUACCUGCCUUUGUGAAGAACCACGGCCUUCUCCCUCAGCAGGAACUGCAGCAGCUCCUCAGAAAGGCGAAGCUAUUCAUUGGAUUUGGCUUCCCGUAUGAAGGCCCCGCCCCUUUGGAGGCCAUCGCCAAUGGCUGCAUAUUUCUGCAGCCCAAGUUUAGCCCUCCUCACAGUUCUCUCAAUCAUGACUUCUUCAGAGGGAAGCCGACCUCCAGGGAGGUGUCCUCUCAGCAUCCUUAUGCAGAGCAGUACAUCGGCAGGCCGCACGUCAUCACUAUCGACUUCAAUAACUCACAUGAGUUUGAUGCAGCCAUUCGUGACAUCAUGAAGAUCGACGUGGAGCCCUUCCUUCCCUAUGAGUACACGUGUGAGGGGAUGCUGGAAAGAAUCCAUGCCUACAUUCAGAACCAGGACUUUUGUUCUCCUGAAGCUCCGUUUCCUCCAGUCAACUCUUCUCGCAUCUGGCAGGGCAGCCCACUCGCUCCUUUCAUGCUGCUGCCCAACUCCAGCAUCCUAACGUGGGCCUCCAACGCCACCUCCCACUCAUCCUGGCCUCCCCUCAGUGCACUGCAGCUCUUGGCUUCGCUGCAGGGCCAAUCGUGCGUGAAGGCCUGCCAGGACGUCGGGUUAAUCUGCGAACCCGCCUUGUAUCGCUUCAUCAACAUAAAGGAAGCCUUCAACGCGCUGGACUUCCAGUGUGCAGGGUUGGACUCGGAGAUGAAUCAUUUCUUUCCCGCCUUCUCAGCAGAACAUGCUGAAUGUGGCCUCCAGCAGGACCCGCUGCUGUUCAGCUGCGCAGGCGCCAGUGCCAAAUACCAGCGACUUUGCCCCUGUAGGGACUAUCGAGACGGUCAGGUGGCACUGUGCAGAGACUGCUUAUGACCAGGACAGGCCCGAUCCUGUUAUCCCAGCUCUUCUUUGAUGAGGUAGCUUGAGGUCAAACAUUUUGUUUUGACCUUAUCUUACCAAAGCAGGUAAGGUUCAGAAAAAUUCUCAGGGAUUUGCAUGAUUGUAAUUUUAAUCUGGUAGGCUUUGAGCCUCAGUCUAAAGGUUUACACGGUUGCUUUGGGACCAUAUGAGACGUUAUUGAUAGAAGCUGCGAUAUGCUGGACCUGUAAGAAUCGGAACAAAUUCCCACGGAAUUGCUUAAAACUCUUCAGCGUGUUUACUUAAUAAUAUUGUGUGAAUUCUUUCAGUUCUCAUCGUGAAUAUUUAUUUGUACCAGAUGCACCCAAAGCAAAUUUCACCAUGUUGAGAUGUACUAUUUUCCGUGUCUUGUAUUUAUUUGUACAUAAGCAUUGGUUUAAUAAAAUACCGCCAAAAUGUCA